GAGGCAGAAACCGGUGGGACCUCGUGUCUGUCUCCCUCCUCGUUGUUGACGGUGUGGUCUCUCCGUCCAGCUCUGCAGGAGAAUUUGGACAGGAAGCUGUUCGGGCAGCACCUGGUGAACAAGGUGGUUGUGAAGGCGGUGAAGGGCUUCUUGAACAACACCAAUGCCAAAAAGCCUCUUGCCCUUUCCUUGCACGGCUGGACUGGAACAGGCAAAAACUUUGUCAGUAAGAUAGUUGCCGAAAGCCUUUAUAAAAGAGGUCUGCAGAGUAAAUAUGUCCAUCAGUUCGUGGCAACUUUACACUUUCCUCAUGCUCACAGCAUCAAUCUCUACAAGGACCAGUUGCAGUCAUGGAUUCGGGGAAAUGUGAGCAUCUGUCCCAGAUCACUCUUCAUAUUUGAUGAAAUGGAUAAAAUGCAUGCAGGACUCAUUGACUCCAUCAAGCCAUUCCUGGACUACUAUGAGCUUCUGGAUGGGGUGUCUUACCGACAAGCCAUCUUCAUAUUCCUCAGCAAUGCAGGAGCUGAAAAGAUAACAGAGGUGGCACUAGAUUUCUGGAGAAAUGGGAGGACAAGGGAGGAGAUACUGCUCACUGAUAUGCAAAAUGCACUGUCUGUGUCUGUCUUCAAUAACAAAAAUAGUGGAUUUUGGCACAGCACCUUGAUCGAUAAAAAUCUCAUUGACUACUUUGUUCCCUUCCUGCCUCUGGAAUACAAACAUGUGAAAAUGUGUGUCAGGGUUGAGAUUGAAUCACGUGGCUAUGCUGUGGAUGAAGACAUUUUAACCAGAAUAGCUGACGAAAUGACCUACUUCCCCAGAGAGGAGAGAAUUUAUUCAGAUAAAGGAUGUAAAACUGUGGAUGCAAAACUGGAUUAUUACUAUGACUUCUAAUGCUUUAUUGCUACAACCUGCAAAGAAGCAAAUUUAACUUAAUUACAAAGUGGAGAACCUGGGACAUUUCAUUUUUAAGCACUUUUUAAAGAAAGGAACAUUAUUUUUACCUGGUGUGUAAAUAAGCGGCAGUGCCUCUGCAUUUUUUUUAUUCUGUCACUAGUCACGGCUUCCAAGUAAUUCAGCCCUGUGUUGUCAAGGUAAGAACGAACUGCACUGUGAAUGCGGGGGUCUGUGUCUGACAGUGCCGAAGAUUCCUC